UAAAAAGUUUUCAUUCUAAACAUUAGUGUUAAGAAUGGCCCACAAGUUUAGGUGGGCUUUUAUUUUGAAGGCUCAUGCUAAACAGGAAGCAGGAAGUAGAAAAGGUACGGCUGCUGCACCUGGUGUGUUUUCCUCUAAAGUAUCGGGUUUUAUUUUCUCUAUAAUUCCAAAAAUGUGCCCUGGCUUCAGAGAAAAAAGGCUGUCAAAGGAUGAAAUCAUUGUGUUUACGUAUCAACAGUAACCCCUCACGUCUAACAGAAACCAGUGACGCAAAGAAAGAACAAACCGGUGGUUGAACCCUCUGUUCCGGAUCGGAUCCAAGCGCAGGCUGGAUGAAGAUGACAUGUUUGAGGUGCUGCCGGAGGACCGGUCGGAUCACCUGGGAGAGGAGCUGCAGAGAUACUGGGACCAGGAAGUCCAAAACGCCACCAAAGAGAUGCAAGCGCCUAGUCUGGCUAAAUCCUUGAUUCGGUGUUACUGGAAGUCCUAUUCAGUUCUGGGGUUCUUCACUCUACUGGAGGAGGUCAUCAAGGUGGUUCAGCCGGUGGUUUUGGGCAAAAUGAUUGAAUACUUUGAGAGCUACGAUCCAGAUAACGUCAAGGCGUUCCACGAGACGCUCGGCUACGCGGCCGGCCUGUCCAUCCUCACCAUCGGCCUGGCGCUGCUUCAUCACCUCUACUUCUACCACGUCCAGAGGACGGGCAUGAAGAUCCGAGUGGCCAUGUGUCACAUGAUCUACAAGAAGGCUCUGUCUCUGAGCAGUUUAGCCAUGGGAAAAACCACCACGGGUCAGAUCGUCAACCUGCUCUCCAAUGACGUCAACAAGUUUGACGAAGUGACCAUCUUCCUACACUUCCUGUGGGUGGGGCCUCUGCAGGCCGCUGCCGUGGUGGGGCUGCUUUGGGUGGAGAUCGGGCCCUCCUGUUUGGCUGGAAUGGUGGUGCUCAUGUUCCUCAUGCCCACCCAGACCAUGUUUGGGAGACUUUUCUCAAAGUUCAGGAGCAAAACUGCCGCCCUGACAGACAACAGAAUCCGAACGAUGAACGAGGUGGUGUCUGGAAUACGAAUCAUCAAGAUGUACGCCUGGGAGAAACCCUUCUCUGCCUUGGUCUCCACCGUCCGACAUAAGGAGAUCUCCAAGAUCAUGAAGAGCUCCUACCUGCGCGGGCUCAACAUGGCCUCCUUCUUCUGCGCCAGCAAGAUCAUCCUCUUCGUCACCUUCACCCUCUACGUCCUGCUGGGAAACACCAUCUCGGCCAGCCGCGUGUUCGUGACCGUGUCGCUGUACACCGCCGUGCGCCUCACCGUCACGCUCUUCUUCCCCAGCGCCAUCGAGAAGCUGUUCGAGAGCCGCGUCAGCAUCCGGAGGAUUCAGGAGUUCCUGCUGCUGGAUGAGAUCACCAAAGGCGGGACGGCUCUGCCGCCAGAGGAGAAGAGGGAGAACUCAGUGGAGCUCCAGAACCUCACUUGUUACUGGGAUAAGAAUUUGGACGCUCCGACUCUUCAGAACGUCUCUUUCACUCUGAACGCAAACCAGCUGCUGGCCGUAAUCGGACCCGUCGGUGCCGGAAAGUCGUCCUUGCUGAGCUCCAUCCUGGGGGAGCUUCCCGCUGAGAAGGGGGUGCUGAAGGUCAAAGGUCAGAUGACGUACGCCGCCCAGCAGCCGUGGGUGUUUCCUGGAACCAUCCGCAGCAACAUCCUCUUCGGGAAAGAGUUCGACCAGCAGAAGUACGACAGGGUGGUGAAAGCGUGCGCUUUGAAACGGGACUUGGAGCUUCUUCCAGCUGGCGACCAGACAGUGAUCGGAGACCGAGGAGCCACGCUCAGCGGAGGACAGAAAGCUCGCGUCAAUCUAGCCAGAGCCGUGUAUCAGGACGCAGACAUUUACCUGCUGGACGAUCCGUUGAGCGCCGUGGACGCCGAAGUCGGGAGGCAUCUGUUUGAAAAGUGCAUUUGCGGCCUGCUGAGGAGGAAGCCGCGCGUCCUCGUCACCCACCAGCUCCAGUACCUGAAGGAGGCCGACCAGAUCCUCAUCCUCAAAGAGGGUCACAUGGUGGCGAAGGGAACCUACACAGAGCUGCUGCAGUCGGGGGUGGACUUCGCCUCUUUAUUGAAGAAGAAUGAGGAGGAGGAGCAGCAGCAGCAGCCGCCGACGCCACAGGACUUCCCAGCCAGAGGGAGGACCCUGUCCCAGAUCUCCGCCCUCUCCCAGACCUCCUCCAUCCAGUCGGGCAAAGACGGAGACCAGCUGCCGGGCGAGACUGUGCAGACUGUUCCAGAGGAGAGUCGCGGCCAGGGGACCAUCGGAACCAAACUGUACCUGAAGUACCUGCAGGCCGGCGCCAACGUGGCCGUCCUGCUGUUUGUGAUUCUGGUCAACCUCCUCGCUCAGGUUUCAUACAUCAUGCAGGACUGGUGGCUGGCUUACUGGGCUGCAGAGCAGGAGAAACUGGACAAUAAGAACAGCAGCAUCCCCAUCGGACAGAACGUCACAGAGGAGCUGGAUCUGAACCUCUACCUGGGGGUUUAUGCAGGUCUCACUGCUUCCACCAUCGUCUUCGGCUUCGUGAGGAACCUCCUCCUGUUCAACGUUCUGGUGAGGUGCGCUCAGGCUCUGCACAACCGCAUGUUCAACUCCAUCCUCAGGACGCCCGUCAGGUUCUUCGACAUCAACCCCAUCGGACGAGUGUUGAACAGGUUUUCCAAAGACAUCGGUCAGCUGGACUCACUCCUGCCGCUCACGUUUGUGGAUUUUGUUCAGGACCCGGUUCUGUUCACGGGAACCAUGAGGAAGAACCUGGAUCCGUUCCACCAACACUCCGAUGAAGCUCUGUGGAACGCUCUAGAAGAGGUCCAGCUGAAGGCCGCGGUGGAGGAGCUGCCACAGAAGCUGGAGACGCAGCUGGCCGAGUCCGGCUCCAACUUCAGCGUGGGUCAGAGGCAGCUGGUGUGUCUGGCCCGGGCCAUCCUGAGGAAGAACCGCAUCCUUAUCAUCGACGAGGCCACGGCCAACGUGGACCCGAGGACGGACGAGCUGAUCCAGAAAACCAUCCGGGAGAAGUUCAGGGAGUGCACGGUGCUCACCAUCGCUCACCGCCUCAACACCAUCAUCGACAGCGACCGCAUCCUGGUUCUGGAUGCGGGUCGGAUCCAGGCGUUCGACCAGCCGUUCGUGCUGCUGCAGGACCCGGACGGCAUCUUCUACAAGAUGGUUCAGCAGACGGGCAAACAGGAAGCUGCCGCUUUACUUGAAGCAGCCAAACAGGCUUACAACAGCAACCAGCGUCACGCCAUGGCGGCGGCGCCGAAUGGACACGCGGAAACGGCGGACGGUCACCUGGUCAUCUUUGAAACGGCUCUGUGAGCUCAGAGACGCAUCAGAACGGAGGAGUCCGGCCCGAGCAGGUCCAGCUCCGAUGGAAGGAAGCACUUACCUGCUGCUGCUGGUGGCGGGACGCUGCCGCACAGCCGGCGUCGAAUCACGCACAACGCUCGUUCAGCCAGAGUGAUGGAGAGCUCUCACAGGUUCAUGAGAGGAUGGAAACGCGCUGCUGCACUAAAUGAACAUUUCAGUUUUUGUGUUUUUCUGAAAGCAGCUGAAGACUCAGAAAUUCUUCGUACAAAUAUUUAUGAAAAAACGUCAAAAUAAAUUACUUUAAAAGA